AUGCCGCGCACUCCGGCCUCCAGCGAGGAGGAGGAGGGGGGCCGAGGCUCCGAAUACCCCGAGGGCGACUCGGAUUCGGGGAGUUCCCGCGAGGGCCCCCCCGGAACCAACCCCGGACCCCCAAGAACCCCUCGGGGACCCCCGAGACCCCCCCCGGCCCCCGACGACGCCCAUUUCAGCAUGAUGGUUUUCCGCAUCGGCAUCCCCGACCUGCACCAGACGAAGUGCCUGCGUUUCGACCCGGGGGCGGCGGUGUGGGCGGCCAAGCAGCAGCUGCUGUGCGCGCUGACCGAGGGCCUCCACGACGGCCUCAACUACGGCCUCUUCCAGCCCGCGGCCGCCGGCCGCGACGCCAAAUUCCUGGACGAGGAGCGGCCGCUCCGCGAUUACCCCCAGAGCUUCGACCAGGGCGUGCCCUACCUGGAGUUCCGGUACAAGACCCGGGUGUACAAACAAACCAACCUGGACGAGAAGCAGCUGGCCAAGCUCCACACCAAGACGGGGCUGCGGAAGUUUCUGGACUACGUCCAGCACGGCUCGGCGGAGAAGGUGGCGCGGCUGCUGGAGCGGGGGCUGGACCCCAACUACCACGACUCGGACUCGGGGGAGACGCCGCUGACGCUGGCGGCGCAGCGCGAGGGCCCAGGUGAGGUCGAGAUCAUCCGGCUGCUCUGCCUGGGCGGGGCUCACCUGGAUUUCCGCGCCCGCGACGGAGCCACGGCGCUGCACCGGGCGGUGUGCACGCGGCGGUACCCGGCACUGCUGGCGCUGCUGGACCUGGGGGGGUCCCCGAACUACAAGGACCGUCGGGGCCUGACCCCCCUGUACCACACGGCCAUGGUGGGGGGGGACCCGCGGUGCUGCGAGCUGCUGCUCUACAACCGCGCGCACAUCGGCACGGCUGACGAGAACGGCUGGCAGGAGAUACACCAGGCGUGCCAGCACGGCCACUCGCAGCACUUGGAGCAUUUGCUGUUCUACGGGGCCGAGGCGGCGGCGCAGAACGCGUCCGGCAACACCGCGCUGCACAUCUGCGCCCUCUACAACAAGGAGAGCUGCGCCCGCAUCCUCCUGUACCGAGGGGCCAACAAGGAGGUGAAGAACAACAGCGGGCAGACGCCGUUCCAGGUCGCGGUGAUCGCCGGGAAUUUCGAGCUGGGGGAGCUCAUCAAGAACCACCGGGACAGCGACGUGGUGCCGUUCCAGGAGAGCCCCCAAUUCGCCGGGCGCCGCCGGGAGGGGCUCCGGGGGCUCCCCCUCCCCCCCCAGCGCCUCCUCCGGGCCAACAGCGACACCGGGGGGGGGGCCCUGCCCGAGUGGGUCCUGAGGGGUCCCCCCGGAGCCCCCCCGGCCCCCAGACCCCCCUCGGGGACCCUGCGCAGCUCCAGCUCCCCCCGGGGGGCUCGGGCUCGAUCCCCAUCCCGGGGGAGGCACCCGGAGGAGCCCCGGAGGCAACCGAGGGGCAGGCCCAGCUCCAGCGGCCUCAGCCGCGACCCCGGCCCGGGGGGGACCCCCGGGGGCACUUUGGGCUCUCGGGGGGUGAAACGCAAACUUUACUCGGCCGUGCCCGGCCGGACGUUCCUGGCGGUGCGGCCGUACCAGGCUCAGGGCGAGGGCGAGCUGAGCCUCAGCAAGGGCGAGCGCAUCAAGGUGCUGAGCGUGGGCGAGGGGGGAUUUUGGGAGGGCCAGGCCCGAGGCCGGGUCGGGUGGUUCCCGUCCGAGUGCGUGGAGGAGGUUCCGCCCCGGACCCCCGAGGGAAAGACAGAGUCGCGCAGUGACAAAGCCAAGCGCCUGUUCCGUCACUACACCGUGGGAUCCUACGACAGCUUCGACGCCCCCAGUGAUUACAUCAUCAAGGAGAAGACGGUGCUGCUGCAGAAGAAGGACAGCGAGGGCUUCGGCUUCGUCCUGCGGGGGGCCAAGG